AUGAGCCUGGCCCAGUCCGUCCAGGAUUUUGGCUGGACGGAUUCGACAGCUUCUCAGAUUUCAAAUGACUUAGGCUGGGCAGUGUCUUCGAUGCUCCUGGGUCAAACAGCCGGUGUCAUUUUCUGCGGUCCCUUCGGUGACGCUCCUUCCCUGCAGUGCUGGCUGGCCGUAUCCUGUCUGGCCUGGGAUCAGGGCUAG